CCUCACUCCACUAAAUCUUCUGAUGUUACAACUUUUUUUGAUAGAAAUCAUCCUAGGCUAUAUACGCUCUUAUAACAAUUAGAUUUUAUAAUACACCUCAUAUGUAAAUAAUUAUAUUCUACUAAAUCCCUCCAAAUGCGAAAACCUUACAUGCGCAUUCCGUAUACGGAUGUUCUAGCUUCUCCUACUAUCAUACCUCAAACCGCAAAUACUAUAUCAGGAGCAAUUGCUGCUUUACAAGAAUUCUUCAAACCCUCUAUCACGAAAGGAUCUCCGUCUACGGUAGUGCUAUCCGGGGCCGGCAUAUCUGUUGCUAGUGGACUUGCGGAUUACCGAGGGCCCAAAGGCACAUAUCGAGUGAACAAAACCUAUCGACCCAUCUAUUACAACGAGUUUCUUCAAAAUCACGAAGCUAGGAAACGCUACUGGGCUAGAAGUUUUCUUGGGUGGACUCCUCUUUUGAAGGCGAAGCCCAAUGCUGGCCACUACGCAGUGAAACACUUAGGCGACUUGGGACUAGUUCAAAAUGUGAUUACGCAAAAUGUGGAUUCUUUUCAUCCCAAGGCCCAUCCCCAUCUACCGACGAUUGAACUACAUGGCUAUCUAAGAUCUUGCGUAUGUACGUCAUGCCAUGAGGAGCUACCUCGGGGUACGUUCCAGAAUGAGCUAGCUAGGUUGAACCCUGCUUGGGCGGCCUUUCUGCAAGAGAUUCUAGCCUCCGGUGCUCUGGAUACAGAAAAUCCGGAUGAGAGGCGGGCGAAAGGGCUAAGGACGAAUCCCGACGGCGAUGUUGACCUCCCAGACGCACCAUACACCACUUUUCGUUAUCCUGCUUGUCCGAAAUGUCUUACGACUCCACCGGCUAUCGCCGAUGGGACCCGGGCGAAGGUCGAGGUCGAUGCAGAUGGCGCGUGGAAGUCAACAAGCACAGCCGGUAUUUUGAAGCCGGCCGUGAUCAUGUUUGGGGAAAACAUACGUGCACCCGUCAAGAUUGCUGCGGAACAGGCUAUCGAGGAUGCCGGGAGUUUACUUGUCCUUGGAACUUCUCUUGCGACCUAUUCUGCAUGGCGACUAGCAAAGAAGGCCAAGGACCGAGGUAUCCCUAUCGCCAUUAUCAACUUUGGAGGCGUCAGAGGUGAAGAUGCAUUUUUUGCCAACCUUGACCCAUCACAAGGGGGAAGACUGGGUGUGAGGGCAGAAUUAUCUACCGACGAAUUACUGCCAGCCCUCGUGGAGCAACUAAGGCAAUCAUCAGGUAAUAAGGCAGCCCAGACAACCCGUGACCAUACAGUUGAACAACAUGGUGCUUCAGUUUUCAAAGACAUGAUGUCCUAAUCCUGUUGAUAGCCAUAAUGUAUAUAUUGACACGUACAAUAGAACAUGUAGCUUAGAAGAAAUUUGAGUAAACUCCCGUCUUUGUGUUCUUUUGUGUUUGUAUUUGCGGCUCGUCCACGAUGAUAGCCUCGGCCUUCGCAAAAGUGGGGGUGGAUUUCGUUUUUUCGGCCGUUUUCGCAUUUUUGACGAUGUCGUCGCAUUCGAGUUCUUUUAAAGCCUCUUCCCAUUCCUUUUCUUUUUCUGCAUCACCAGUGCCCAAUGUCUUUUCAACAUCCACCUCUUCACCCCUCUGUAACUUUUCUACAACUUCGCGGAGUAGGCCAAUGUGGACCUCGGAUCGUCUCAUAAAAGUAUCGAAGUCCUUCCUUAGAGCAAUCAUUUGAAUAGACAUGGACCCAAUGAAGAGGAAAAUGAUAAUAAAGAAUGUUGCCGGAUUCCAGUCCUUCGACUUCGACUUUGGCUUCUUCUUUACGCUCCAAUCGACUGAUUGUUCGGAACGUCCACGGCGGAAUGGUUUUGGUAUCAUGCCUUUCCAAAAGGAUGGUUGUAAUACCGAUGUGGCCGAGCUAGCAUGUCGAGUGAUUUGGUGCCUGUAAACAAAUACAGACGUUAAAGCUGCCGGUCGAGCGCCCGCAGUAGCUUUUACAGCACUGCGCCAAAUUAAGCUCUCCAUGUUGAAGGGACUGAUAUCGUGGUUCUUGAAAAGAAAUAAAGUGGAUGUUUAGCUAAUAAAAUUGAUGUAGC